UUGAGCGGUUGUAACUCGAAAAAUUCUAUAAUCUGGGAAGCGGCUCGCGCUUGAGACCUCGUUGCAAAGGAAAGAGAAACUCUGGUGUGCUGCUCUGUGCGGGGAGACAAACGCAUUCUUCUGCGGAACCCAGUUUUAUAUUCUGACCUGACUGACGAGCAGUUAUGAGCUUCUUUGGUUUUGGUCAAAGUGCGGACGUCGAUAUAGUUCUGAAUGACGCCGAAACGAGAAAGAAAGCUGAGCAUAAAAGCGAAGACGGCAAGAAGGACAAGUAUUUUCUUUUCUACGACGGAGAAACCGUGUCCGGAAAAGUCAACGUUACGCUCAAAUACCCAGGAAAGAGGCUUGAGCACAACGGUAUCAAAAUUGAGUUCAUCGGGCAGAUAGAGCUGUACUACGACAGAGGAAACCACCAUGAGUUUGUGUCCCUGGUGAAAGACUUGGCCCGACCAGGGGAGCUUACGCAGUCGCAGACGUUUGACUUUGAGUUCACGCACGUGGAGAAACCAUAUGAGUCUUACACGGGUCAGAACGUCAAAUUACGGUACUUCCUGAGAGCGACAGUCGGCAGGAGACUGAACGACAUCAGCAAAGAGCUCGAUAUUGUGGUUCACACACUGAGUACAUACCCCGAGCUCAACUCCUCCAUCAAGAUGGAAGUGGGGAUUGAGGACUGUCUACACAUAGAGUUUGAGUACAAUAAGUCCAAGUAUCACCUAAAAGAUGUGAUUGUUGGGAAGAUUUACUUCCUGCUGGUGAGAAUAAAGAUCAAACAUAUGGAGAUAGACAUCAUCAAGCGAGAGACAACAGGCACGGGACCAAACGUCUACCAUGAGAACGACACCAUUGCAAAAUACGAAAUAAUGGACGGGGCUCCAGUCAGAGGAGAGUCCAUCCCCAUCAGGCUGUUUCUGGCAGGCUAUGAGUCGACGCCCACGAUGAGGGACAUCAACAAGAAGUUCUCUGUGCGGUACUACCUAAACCUGGUCCUCAUCGAUGAGGAGGAAAGACGCUACUUCAAACAGCAGGAAAUCACUCUAUGGAGGAAAGGUGACAUAGUGAGGAAGAGUAUGUCUCAUCAAGCUGCCAUCGCCUCCCAGCGCUUCGAAGCUCCUUUCAAUCCGGACAAGCCCCAGAGCCAGAGCGCUACAGAGGGCAACAGCUAAAGCCCCGCCUGCACCUUCCAGCUGCGAAGCCCAGAGUGACGGCGGUGCAGAAAUGUCAGUCUAAAUGUUGGAUGUAAAAAUUAUUUGUGCUUCAGUGUUUGUCAGAACGGGUGAGUGAAUGAGAAGCUUUGAAAUAUGACCGUAUGUGCAUCAAGGGAACAAAGUGAGUGUUUUAACACCUUGAAGUACCAACUGGAUGGAGUUUACCACACUAAGACUGAGUAGACGAUGCCAGCAAACUUUGCCACAAAAAACUGCACAAAACUCAUUUUUACUUGCUCAUCUUCAUCCAGCCUGUUAGAUGCAUCCAUAGCAAAUAUCAUUUACUAUUUCUGUAUGUGUGUGUGAAUGUAUAAUGUAAUGCACAGCCACCUCGACUGUAUUUUUAACAUGAAUUUUCCUUUAAACUUUUUACACGGCUGGAAGAUUGCACUGUGCAGAGAUUAUAAACAUACAUUAGGGUAAUUUCAUGCAGAGGUGUGUGUGUGAGCUGAAAGUUGCUUUUUAUUUAAGAACUGCCUUUUGAUUUUAAUAAUUAGGGGACCCUUAAGUGGCCUAAACAGGACAAGAUUUUAAAAAAAAUCUCUAAAUGGAAGAUUAUAUAUGUUUGUAUAAGAUGAUGUUCAAGAUAUUUUCAUACAUUCCAAGGCUCCCAUCAAAAAUUAAAGUGAUUAUAGAGGAUUUUUUGGAACAAAAAUACAUAUAUUUUCUUUUAAAAACCAGCUUUUUACAUGUUUAAUGCAUCAGUUGGUUGUGGAUACCACUGCUGCCAGAACGAGUGUGGCAGCACUACUGAGUGCAUUGUUACAGUUGCCAAUGUCUUGUAGAUUGAAGCUUUGCUUUUUUAUUUGCACUACAACAACUUUCUGCUUCUUUUCCUGCUCUCAGAGCUUUUUAUAUGGAUACGGUGAUGGCAUGCCAUGGCAGGGCUAUUGAGCAGAGUGAUUAAAUUACUGGCUUUUAUCAA